AUGGCCCUCGAGUACGACACUCCAGCCAACCUGGUGCGGAAUGAAAACAGCGUCUUUGCAGCCAUGGUGCGCAGCACGGGGCCUCAGACCGCCAAGUAUCUGCGCACUGUGGCGCUGGGGGAGGUGGCGCUAGCAGACGAGCUUGCCGGCCGAAAGGCGGCGCAGGAGAAGCAGAUGGCGCGCGAGGCAGCUAAGUGGCGGUGGGCCACUGCGGCCCAGUGGGCUCUGGCUCUCACGCUCACCUCAUCCUAG